ACACGUACAGUGCAACGUUAGUUGCAUGGCAUCGACGCCGUUUCUGUGAACUACAGGAAUGGGGAGAAAAUCCGAAUUUGGGGAGCAGAAGAUUUUGCAGCCGUAUUGCGAUGGUCAAGGACUUUUUGGUGAAUCGAUGGAGGUUUUCAUUGAGAUUUUCGAAUGGUGGGGCGGCCGAUUCAGAGCUGGACCAUUCAAUUUCGGCAAAGAAGAGAGGUGAGUUAUGUCAUCCGAGUGGUAUAGUGUGGGAAUUUGAAAUAAAGAACCAAAUGCAAUAAUUUCCCAUAACUCGCAUAAAUCAUAUAACCAUGAAGGUGCUGCUUGUGAUAACCUUCUGCAGUACUUUAUUUUUUGUGCAAGUCAUGGGCAGUACCGUUUACAUAGCUGACUAUGGAAUGGCCAAAAUGAUCGAGCUCAGUACAAAGCCGCCAUAUUGUGUAAUCCAAAAAGACAGAGGUAAAAUCAGAGAUAUGCUUUUGUCUACGGAUCCUAGAAGAAUUAGACAAAUGUCAGACGACUCGAUAGAAAAAUUGGAAAAGGUUUGCAACAAGGAACAUAUCCAAAGCGCUCAUCAGGGUGGAUUCAUAUACCCAGGAACCAAAUGGUGUGGACCAGGAAAUAUUGCUAGAGGCGAAGACGAUUUCGGUCAUCACAUCAAAGAGGACAUGUGCUGUCGAGAACACGAUAGAUGUCCCAAAGCCUUGGCCAGAGGUGAAUGCAAGCAAGGAAUUUGCAAUAAUUCUCAUUUCACAAGAUCUCAUUGCGACUGUGACGCAGCAUUUCGAAAAUGUCUACAGAAUGUCAACAGCGAAACUGCCAACACCAUCGGAGCCAUUUUUUUCAACAUCAUCCAAGUGAUUUGCUUCAAAGAGAGAACGCCCUGUACACAAUGGCAAAGUUACAAUAACUAUGAUUCAAACUACCCUAGUUAUUCGUUAGAAAGCGAUGAAGCCAAAUGUCCUUUAUAUUUUGAAAACUCGGAACGCUAUACAGGGACUAUUGUGAGAUCUUACCAACGUGGACACAAAAAAUCUCAUUUUGUGAAUAACUUACUGAGAAAGUUCGGUCUUUUGUGAUAUAAUUAUUUUUUAAUAAAUUUUAAUUUCGCACCUA